CGGUACACUCCUGUUCCUGAUAUUUGGAACUACACGCUCGGCCACAAUGUUUCUCCCUUGCUGUUACUAUUCUCAAUCACACCUUUACCUUCAUAAUCAUGAGAAUGGAAUAGAUUCGAAUACUAUGAAAUCCAAUGUGCACACGAAAGUUGAUAUCUGUAAGGAAUGUAGAGAAGAAAUUGCAGAGAGUGAAUUAUUCAAAGUGAAAGAAGACAGCGUUGAAUCAAGUACUAUGACGCGUAAUCGCGUGGACAGAGAUUGGCUAAUGAGUAAGAGUAAGAAAAUUAAUAGUGUUAUGAGCGUAACAAAUACAGAUUCCGUGAGCAAUACAAGAUCUAUAGGCAAGAAUAUCAUAACCAUCGAGGGGGAAGAUGUAAAUAAAAACGAUAAGGACUGA